AUGGCCACCACGUACGAGGAGUUCUCGGCGAAGCUGGACCGCCUGGAUGAGGAGUUCAACAGGAAGAUGCAGGAACAGAACGCCAAGUUCUUUGCGGACAAGCCGGAUGAGUCGACGCUGUCGCCCGAGAUGAAGGAGCACUACGAGAAGUUCGAGCGCAUGAUCAAGGAGCACACAGAGAAGUUCAACAAGAAGAUGCACGAGCACUCGGAGCACUUCAAGCAGAAGUUCGCUGAGCUGCUCGAGCAGCAGAAGGCUGCGCAGUACCCGUCCAAGUAA